AUGUCUUCCUCAGGGACAGGAGCCAGAUACUUUGCCCGCCCUAAAUCCCUCGACGCGACAUUGAACAAUUCUUCCCGGGAGAACGGAGUCCACGCCAAUAUGUCGAACGGUCAAGUGGAGCGGUCGCUUGAGGCGGCCAAAGAGACCACAGACGCCUAUACCAAGGUGGAGAAGGAACCUUUGUCUCUAAAGAAAGAACUUUCCAAACAAGGAAUCACCUUUGCAGCGCAGGACAAGCUUCCGAAGUUGCCCAUACCUGAACUGGAGUCGACUAUGAAGAAAUACCUUGAUGCUCUCGCUCCGCUCCAGUCGCCGUCGGAGCACAACGAGACAAAGGCUGCUGUUCGGGACUUCGUUGAAAACGAAGGUAAGGAUUUGCAAGACCGAUUGAAGAAGUAUGCCACCGGCCGAACUAGUUAUAUCGAACAGUUUUGGUACGACUCGUAUCUGAACUAUGACAACCCCGUCGUCUUGAACCUCAACCCGUUCUUUCUUCUCGAGGAUGAUCCAACCCCAGCCCGGAACAACCAAGUCACACGCGCGGCCUCUUUGGUGAUUUCCGCUCUCUGCUUCGUCAGAGCAGUCAGAAAGGAAGAGCUGCCGCCAGACACCUUAAGAGGAACGCCGCUGUGUAUGUACCAAUACUCUCGACUCUUCGGAACUGCACGAGUACCGACCGAGAAUGGCUGCAUCAUCGGCCAGGAUUCUGACUCUAAGCAUGUUGUUGUUAUGUGCCGCGGUCAGUUUUAUUGGUUUGACGUUCUUGACGAUAAUAACGACCUGAUUAUGACGGAAAAGGACUUUGCCAUCAACCUGCAGGUUAUUGUCGACGAUGCCCAGCAGACACCCAUCCAGGAGGCCGCCAAAGGUGCCAUCGGGGUGCUCAGUACCGAAAACCGAAAGGUCUGGUCACACCUCCGAGAUCUCUUGACCAGGGAAGAAGGCUCCAAUAAUGCGGACUGUCUUAGCAUCGUCGAUUCGGCCCUGUUCAUGGUCUGUUUGGACUAUACUGAGCCCGCCGACGUGUCCCAACUUUGCGGCAACAUGCUUUGUGGCACUAGUGAGGUCGAGCGUGGUGUUCAAGUCGGGACCUGCACCAACAGAUGGUAUGACAAGCUCCAGAUCAUUGUCUGCAAGAACGGCAGUGCCGGCAUCAAUUUCGAGCACACAGGCGUGGACGGCCAUACUGUCCUCCGCUUUGCCAGUGACGUGUACACCGACACGAUUUUGAGAUUUGCAAAGUCCAUCAACGGUCAAGCGCCGACGUUGUGGACAAGCCAGAGCCCCGACCCCUCAAAGCGAGACCCUAACAGCUUUGGCGAUGUGAGCACCACUCCUCACAAGCUCGAGUGGGACAUGCACCCUGAAUUGCAGAUUGCCUUGCGGUUCGCGGAGACACGGCUGGCGGACCUCAUCAACCAAAAUGAGUUCCAGACGCUAGAUUUCGCCGGUUACGGCAAGAAUUUCAUCACUUCGAUGGGCUUCUCCCCGGAUGCGUUUGUGCAAAUGGCUUUCCAAGCAGCAUAUUAUGGUCUCUACGGUCGUGUUGAGAAUACCUAUGAACCUGCCAUGACCAAGACGUUCUUCCAUGGUCGGACGGAGGCCAUUCGCACGGUCACGCCGGAAUGCGUCGAAUUCGUCAAAACUUUUUGGGCUGACAACCCCGCUCAAAAGAAGGUCGACGCACUGACAACGGCGACGAAGAAACAUACCGCCAUCACCAAGGAAUCGAGCAAAGCACAGGGUCCAGACCGGCAUCUGUACGCUCUGUACUGCGUGUGGCAGCGCAAGGUGAACGACGAGUCAGCAGAGGUUGGCAGUACUGCUGGAUUCAGCUCGAACGGCUAUUCUAGCCCCACCGACAUGAGCGACCUGGGUAGUCCGAAACGACUAGAGGAGACAUCUUCACCGAUCAGCCGUUCUCGGACUGGGACCGAGUCCAGCCGCUCGCCUGCGCCGGCUCUACAGCAUAUGCCAGCCCUGUUCAGUGAUCCCGGCUGGGACAAGAUCAACAACACCAUCAUCAGUACAUCCAACUGUGGCAAUCCGUCGCUGCGCCAUUUCGGCUUCGGGCCCACUUCCGGAGACGGUUUCGGCAUCGGGUACAUCAUCAAGGAUGACUCUAUUUCUGUUUGUGCGAGCAGCAAGCACCGGCAAACCCAACGUUUCGUAGACAGCUUGGAAUCAUACUUGCAUGAAAUCCGCCGAUUGCUGAAAGCUACUAAAACGAAAGACAUUGCAGCCUCCAAGAUCACCCGAGCCAGAGAAGCAGAGGAAAAGGCGGGCAAGGACGGCCGCCUCAAAUCUCGCGGCCGGGUUAUCAAGACUGAAGCUUCCAAGGUUGAUGGCUUCCAAACGCCUACGAGUUUGGAUACGGCAGAGGUGGAAGAUGAUGGGUUGGGUGGAUAUGGCUUUUUUGAUGCCGGCAUGCUGUUGCAAGCGCUCAAAAAGGAUCAACCCAAACCUUCGGAACAGAUUGUACAAAGGAGGAGGACUGUGGGUAAGAAGCUUGCCUUGAGUGAGUACUAG